UCAAUUAAAUUUAUUAAUAAUUUGAAUUUUAUCAAAAUUAUAUACAUACAUACAAUACUAGAAAAAAUAAAAGUACAUAUGUGUGUAUGUACACCUUUGUCAACAGGUGUUUAUGUACUUAUGCACUCCGCCAAUUUUAAAUGCAUACAAAAGUCCAUACAGUAUUCUCCACUUUUGAACAUUUUUCCAUCAUACGAUAUAGUCUAUAGAUAUGUAUGAAAUACGCCUAUAUACAUACAUAUGUAUGUAUGAAUAUGUAAAUGAAUAUGCAUAUUCUCAAAGGUAUGGGAUAGUGUACAAGUAUGUACAUACAUACAUAUGUACAUAUGUAUAUAAAAAAUAAUAUUUAUAUUUAUUUUACUUUUAUUUUCUUCUCGUGGCCGUAUGCCAUCACUUUGAAUAAGCUUCUGCUAUAUAAAAGAUAUCUUCUUGGUUGGAAUAUAAUCUCAUCAUUCUUAAUUUGUUUGAUGUGCGCCGCGGGCACUUAUUUUUUGGCACACUUGCCAAUCGCUGACGUAUCAGCUAAUCACCUUGUCUUGCUCAACCACCCUCUCUUCUGAAAGUCUUUGAAUGAGUAUCAAAUAGGAAAACAUGAAUUAUAGCUAACAGCGGAAAACGUGGACCAAAAAAUAUUAGAAUUUUCUUCUUUGAUCAAUAAAACUAUUCGUUUUUACACAUUUCCGUAUGAACACACACUUUCAAAUAAAUCUCUCACAAUAUAGUUAUAAAUAUUAAAAAAGUCCCUCUAUAUUGUAUGUAUACGUAAUUCAAAGCAAUGUACAUAUACAUAUAUAAUGUGAGCCUUGUCUUAUAGUAUAAAAAUGUUCUCGUAUGUAUGUAUAUAAUAAUAUACAUUUAUACAAAAUUGAAAUGUGUGCGAAUUGAGAGGAAAAUGCUUUGGGAAAACGAAAAUUGUAUCUAUGUACAUAUAUAAUUCGCAAAUCUAAAUUCCAGAAUCGCUUUUUUGGUUUGGAACUCCAGAUGAGCGUCGCGAUAUUGCGUAGUAAUUUCAUUUAAAAUCGGAGUUAUAUGAAGGUUCAUACAAUAAAAGCUUAAAGAAAAAUGUUAUGUACGAGUACUCGUAUGUACAUGUUUGUAUUAGUACAAUGCGAAUAAAAUCUUCAAGGGUGGCAAGUCAACAAUAACUUCAUAUGUAUGUACAUACAUACAUAUAUUGAUAUUAAAAGGGAUGAUUCUUCAAACUCUUACAAAUGCACAUUAUUUAAGUAUGUAUAUAGAAUAUACUAUAUAAUAUGUAAUGAAUUAGGCCAAUACGACUUUUCUUUUUACAAGCUACUAGCAAUAGUCAAAAUCUUUAAUUAUACCUAUGUAUGUACAUAUAUAUAAGUAUGUAGUACAUGGAAUAUAGAAACUUUGCACAUAAUGACAAGAGACACUUUCAAAGUAUUUAGAUAUUAUCUGUUAUUGCUGAAUAUGGAUUUAAAUGACCCAUUUGUGUUCACUAUCUUGAAUUUACAUGUUAAUUUAAAUCCAUUUUCGAUUUAUUUUAACCAAAAAAACGUACCGAUUAAAAUUUAUCAGAUAAAAGGCGAUCGUAAGCAUAAUUUUUCUUGUAAGCAGAUGAAUGGUUAGACAAUUUCUAACAAAGGACGUUGAAUUCUUAUUGACUCGGUGCAAAAGGAACUUGUAAAGGAAUUCUCAUGUUCAUUGAUUUUUUAUCUUAUCGUUUUUUUAACACGUUAAAUAACUGUGCAAUGCGAUUGAGCAUUACCAAAUGUAUGGUGAGCAUAGCCAAUACCAGUACAUACAUACAUACAAUGAAUGGUAUAUGGACAUAUGUACAUUCACAUGUAUACAACUAGAUACAAGCUGUCAGACAUUCAUGUGACUAUGUAAAGGUGGACCAUAUGGUCCAAAGAAAAUCACCAAUAUGCAUAUGUAUAAUUUUUAUUUUGAAUGUCUUUGGAUCUGCCUUCGUAAAUAGAUUUUUAUAUAAGACUUAAAGUUAGUCUAACGUUACCGAGAAAUGAGGAUGGAUUAUAUGGGCGGCGAAAAAAUUCAUACUUUAUGAAUAUAAAUUUGAAUGUGAUACAAGUAAUAAAAAUAAAAUAAGAAAUAAUAACAAAAAACAGUUUGAAACACGCCAUUCAACGCUUUUAUCUGUGAUUUUGCGCUGUAAUAAUUCGCAUUAAUAUAUAUUUUUUUGGGCUUUGGUCUAAAACCGAAAUUAAAACCAUAAGACAACAUAAUGUUUAACCUCAACACACCAUCGUCAUUGCUGGGCAUCGAUUGCUCUGGCCUAAGCACUACACCAAAAACUCCUGAAAUUGUGAACUCUUUAAUCGCAAUGACAAAUCCGAUGGACAACUAUAGCUUCGCACCUUUAAAUAAUGAUUCAGCUGCGUCAACUCCUGGUAGCGCUGUCUCAAUGCGUAGCUUUAAUGGAACCUCGAACGCCCAGAUCAUAUCGCAAGAUAGUAGUCAUUCCAGUUCUUCAACAUCACCUGCAGACUCGCCUAGUGGGAUAAAUACUACUCCAAGUGUUCAACAGACGUGUUCUCAACUCAUUAAGGCUGGACUUAAGCUUUCAAUUCAAAGCAAGCGAAAACUGUCUACUUGUGAUUCCAGCUCUAGUUCCGAUCAGCCAAACUCCAAAUAUUCCCGUCCUGAUGAAGAUGGCGAGGAAUCAACGGAUGAAGAAACUGAAUGUAAGACGUCAUCAAAAGGCCUCACACCAGAGGAUGAGGAUCGACGGCGACGACGCCGCGAACGCAAUAAAAUCGCUGCUACUAAAUGUCGUAUGAAGAAACGCGAGCGCACACAAAACCUUAUAAAAGAGUCGGAGCAAUUGGAAACCCAAAAUGUUGACUUAAAAACCCAAGUUCGGUCUUUAGAAGUUGAACGUCGCAAAUUACUUGAUAUGUUGCAAGGCCAUUCAACAACUUGCAUACAUGCAGGUGGAUUAAAUUUACCUUCUAAACUAUUGCAUUCACCAGCUCAUAAGUACCUCACCGCCAUUGAAAUGGAUGACAAUAGUACUGCCAAUGGAGACAUGUCUACAGCAAACGCCACAGUUAAUAGAAUUCAGUCCCAAACGCAACAACAAGUUCAAGUUAACAACACUUUCAGUAAUCAGUCAACUCAUGGAACACAACGCACCGCAAUCCCACCAAUGUCAACCAUCAAAUUUCCACGGAGUGCGGCAGCUGUUGCCGCUGCUGUUAAUCACCAACUGCAUCAACUACCAACACAACAACAGCAUUUGCCAAAUGGCUAUUGCAAGCCGUCACCAACGCCACAGGAGCUUGGGUAUAUAACUUCCCCGUCACAAGAAAAUAUAUGCUUGCCUGCCAACUUACCGAAACUUUCGUCACAAUCUUCUGCUACCCCUCAAAUUGGAAGUGCCCCCGCAGUUUCUUCCAUUAACCAGCAGCUCUCUGAUUACAUUCCUAACUGUGAAAAUAGUCUUGGUAUGGUAUUAGCUCAUACUCCCACCUCGGUUCAAAGCAACGACGACGGCAGUGUACUACUUGGUGACAUUGUUAGCCCCCUUUCAGUCAUGCCUACACCUACGACGGCGACAGAAUUCGUAAAAAAUGAGCUAGUCGACUCGCAAAGCCCCUACACCACCGCUCAAUCAGCAGAACGUUUCCUUUUUGAGAGUAAUUGUGACAGUUACGUAGACAUUAAACAUGCUGUCAGCUUACAUCAUGGAAGUCUCAGUAAUAAUAACAACAACAAUAAUAGCAUCACAGCUCUACAUCAAAGCAGCAAUAAUAACCUUAUGGAUUUCAAUACCUCACUUAUAGGUGGAAGUAGUGGGAUUGUACCUUUCCACGAUCAAAUAUCGAUUAAAAAUGACUACUUGCACGACACCGAUUUGUUGGCACAACUCACCGGAGAUGGUGCUGAAUUUGUGGACCUUGAUUCUAGUGUUGCGGCAACAUUCAUGACAAACAAUGGAUGUUUGGCGUAAAUGCGAUUUAAUAGUUAUUGCGAAAAUUAGAAUAUGUUUCUUCUUUAACUUGAAACAUUUAGCAUCCCAGUGAAUAUGAUAAUCAUGCAAUUAUUAAGGCUUAAGUAAAUAAAAGGUAAAGAGUCAAACAGAGGCAGCACUGACUACAAAUGAAAGGUUAGUCAGAUCCAACCACCUGAAAUUAGAAAAUGUAGUUCGAAAGUACAUACAUACAUGUUAUUAUGUAACGCUUCUCCAACCAAAACAUCUUAGAAUUGAAGUAAGUAAAAGGUAGUCUAGGCUUCAUAGAACUGGUACGGGAUUUCAAUAACACAUGCGUAUACAUUUCUAAAUGUGUUUUAUGUCUUCCACUAAGUAAUGCUGAAUUUAUUUAUAUGCGUACCUUUUUUACAUUUGAUUAUUACCUUCCAAAAGCAAUUUGAGCAUUUCCAUACCAGUUAACUAAAUGAAGCCCAGUUACCACCAAUCUCGAAUAUAUUAAUUGACUUGGUGGUUUUAAUACAUAAUUCAAAUAAAAUCAAGUAUUUUAGACGAGAACUUUCGGUGGCUUUAUUACCUCCAACAUUCAUAGAAAUGGGAUAAUCUGUUAAAUUGGUAAUUGUAGGUCUUUCAUAUAUUGGGAAUAGCACUAAGCGAAUUUUUGUUUUAUAUUUUUUCUAUUGACAUACAUAGCAUUCCAAAACUACAAAACCAGUAGACAUAAAAUUUAAUUGCUAAAUAUUUUAUAAACAUAGCUAUUUGAAGAAUCACAUCCGCAGCAGUAAUUACUAUUUUUAAUAUCAACAAUAUUUAUUUUAUUUUAUGCUUAAUGAAAGGCACAUUUUAUAGAUUAGCUUUGUAAUAUCAAGGUCCGAUAAAAGUAAACAAAUCUGAGUGAAAUUCUUGAAAAUCAAAGUCAAACUGCAAUGAAUUACAUAGUAAUUAUGGUAAUAUAUUAAUGAGAUUAUGUGUGUAGAAAGCCCAUCAUUUUUAUAUAUACUAAUUUCAAAAUCUUAUAUACAAAGAUUUGUAUAUGCGAAGGUUAGGUUAUACAAAAUAACUAAGCUACGUAAUUGAUAUUUUUUAUAUGCUUUCUAAACCUUUAUGUAUAGUUGUAUUUAUUUUAUGUAGGUUUUAAUUGUACAGAUAUUUUUAUUUUGCAAUUUAGUAUUUAAACAAAAAUUUAUGAUAUUAUAUAUAAGUGAUAUAUGUGCGCAUAUGUAUGAGAUUCCAUAUAUAUGCAGUAAUUUAAGAAAUUGUAUGCCUUAUAUAAACAGAACUAGCAACAACCAAUGUAACCUACGAUCUGCUUAAAACUAAACUCAGCUAACCUCAUAUUUUAUAAAUAUAUUAAUGUAUAAAACUAAUAUACUAAAAUAAACAAAAAAAACAAAUAAAAAGUUUACAAUCGAAAGUUAAAAAUAUGCGAUGUUCAAUGUUGCCUUAAAUGUUCAUUAAAACGAAUAUAAUCUGAAAACAAAUCAAUAAAACGAUAUAGUUUGAAUAAAGAGUUACCAUUCUAAAAGUGCGCUUAAAACAAAAUAUUUCUAUUUUUCCAAUUAUACACGUACAGAAAUCCACAUUAAAGAUGUAAAUCACCGUGCACAUUUGUUUGUAAUCAAUAAAAAAAUGUUUUUGCAUCGAAAAUUGUAUUAGAAUAGAAAAGUUCAACGAAUCAAAAUGAAAUAAAUAUAUGCGCCGGUUGCGGUUUAUAUAAUUAAGUGGUCAAAAUUUGCAUGCAUACGUGUUAAUAAAAGUGAUUUAAGACAUAAAUGAUACAACUUGGCUCAUUUUAAAUAAAAUACAUAUAUGCGGUCGCAUGUGCCUUCAAUAUAAUGCUUCUUUUUUUUUAGUAAAUAACGAUUAAUAUAUUAAAUGUGUGAUGUGUAAAUAAAACAAACAGAUUGAAAUUUUACCAUAUUCAGAAUUGAGCAUGAAGUUAAAUACUUGGAUCUAAUAUUUUUUUUGAUGCAAUUGAUAUAAAAGAUACAGAUAUACACAUGUUUAUAAGCUAAAAAUAACGCUGGAACCGAAUAAUAGUUAUACAAAUUAUAACGGUUUAACAGAUUUUUGCAAAACGAACUUAAUCACAAUGUAUAAGUGCCUAAUAAUGUAUGUACAUACAUAUGUAUGGUAUAAUAUAUGUAUAACACAAAUUUAAAACGAAAAGAAAAUGACAGUAGCAAAACAAAAACAAAAUACACAACAAAUGGCUUUCCUUAUUUAAUGAAUUUUACAUGUUUUACAUGUGCAUAUUCAUGAACUCAAAAAUAAACCAUGACUAAAACUUCAACGUUUGAAAAAUUUAUUACAUGAAAUCAAAUGUAUUAGUUUAAUAUAAGGCAACAAUGCCAAAGAAAUGCGAAAAGCUAUAAAAUACUUUCCUAUUUGUGAAAACAAGUGACGACAGGCAGACCUACAUGCAUAUGUAUGUAUGUAUAUAGAAUAGAAAAUCAUCAUUGGUUUUCAUACCACUCUAUUUAACAUUUAUUCAGAUAUAGAAGCAUUUGAGUAUUUAUAUUCAAUUCUAUGGAGCCGCAAAAAAUAAGUGUAUAUGUAUAUUUAAGAGGCACUCUAAUUAACAAAUUAGGCAACAAAAUUACCACAACAAAUUAUAACUAAUCCAAAAAUACUUGUAUGAUGUUCGAAUUAAAUGUUUAAUCGGCAAUUAAAUAUUACAGAAACAAAUAAAAAAAAAUUAAAUAAAAAAUUCACAACAAAGAAAAUUAUAUAUAAAUCUGCAUAAAACUAAAUAACAGUCAUUGAAUCAGUGCUUAUUAGUAAGCAAUUGCCAACAACUGCACAUUUUUUGAAACCAAAAUGAAACAUAAAUAAAUAUUCGCUUGUUAGUCUAUUUUUGAGUCAGCUAUUUCAAAAUAUUAAACUUGAACCUAUCACCAGUGGAAAAAAGUACAAAAUAGGAAAAUAAUUUUAAGUUACACUAAUUUUUUGUAAAUUGAAUAAUCUAAAGAAAAUUUAUAAACAAAUAAAUUAAGUCAGAAUUUAGCGCUACAAAAGUACCUGCUCGGUAUACAGUACCUUUUGAAUGGCGUAAAACAGCUUGAACAAUCUAAAGAAUUUUUUCUUAAAUAAACUUACAGAAUCUUAUGUGCAAUUGUUGGUAGUUAUAUAUGUGAAUUAUAAAAAAAAAAUGUGUGUCCAUACUGUACGAUGUUAGACUCGUAACAUCGAUUGAUUCAAAGCUUUCCAUGUAUUUAUUUCAAGAGGUAAUUAUGAGUGUCAAAUGGCUUACAAAUAAAAUAAUAUUAACAUGUUUUUGACGUGUGCAAAAACAUACUUAAAUAUAUUUGUAUUAAGCCUAGUCUCCAAGAUAAUCCAAGCCAACAAAUAUAUACAUAUAUUAAAUAUAUGCCUGUUUGUUUAUAGAAUGAUUCAAUUCAUGUUUUUUUUUUAUUCUUGUUGCUAUUUGUUUUAAGAAUUUAUUUUUUGUUGUAUUAUGUUUGUAUAAAGGCAUAUCGUACAAAAUAAUAAAAUGUUGUUGAUAUAAAAUAACUUAUUAAUACGUAACCAAAAAAUGCACACCAGCAACCUCAAAUAAUAAACGCUAGAGGCAAAUACCCUGUUAUGUUUAAUUUUGUUUUACUUUUGUCUGUAUUGGAUUAUAUGUUUUAGUAGAAUAUAUGUAUGCAUAUUUACGCAGACAUACAAUUAAAAUCUUGUCAACUUUACAUAAUUUGAAAUAUUUAUAUGUACAUGUCUGUAUAUUUAUCACAACUGAAAAGUGAAUAAUAGACCAAUUUCACAAUAAUGCACUUUUUAAAACUGCAUUGGUUCGAUGUUAGAUAUUCAACCUCACAUAAGUUCGACAAAACAAGAAAAGAAGUCUACCGUAUUUAAAUGAAAAACACUAUAAAAAAUGUUAUUAAAAUGGCACUCAAGAAAGUACUUACGUACUACAUACAAACAUAUUUUGGAACAGGUGCACAUUCGUGGAAAAUUAAAAAAUAAAAUACUAAUUACUAAAGGAUGAAGUACUAAAACCAAAAAUAAAAAUAAAUGCAUUAAAACAGCCGAGAACUGUAUUUUUA